UCAUAAUUACCCAGUUGCUUGACUUAUAUUCCACCUUACUAGGAUGCAACUUCAACCUCCAGCCUACGAAAGUCUUGUGGCUACAGAUAUAACAGGAGAUGAGAAUCUGGAUGUUGUUGAACAAGGAAUACAUCCUGUAAAACGAAGACCAUUCAGUAAAUCUCUUCGUAGUCGAUUAAAUCAUAUCGUUAGUAUGUAUAUACCUGGAAAUAAUCCUGUAGAGAAUAGACUGGAUGGCAGUGAUGAAUCUGCAGAUCAUGCAGGAUUAUUAUCCUCUAAUGAACUGAAAAUGGAUUUUAGCUUAACUAAAGACAAUGAUAUAUAUGAUAUUAAAUUACUUUAUUCAAGUGAAAAGAUAAUCCAGAGUAUUAUGGACAAUGUCAAACUGUCAGAUCAAUAUUCUGUCGGUGAAUCGAUGAAAAUCACUUGUUUAGCAGCAGAUCACAAUACUAUCUACAUUGGAUUGGAGCGUCUACCAUAUGUAUUUCUUAUUUCUUCUGAGAAAAAUGAUACAACAAGUCAAAGCAAUUUUAGUAAAUCUAGUGGGAAUAGUAUUUUCAAAGGUUAUCUACAUUUGCAUACCCCUGGGAUAGGAAAUAUUUUCCCGGUUGAAUUAUGCAGUCACAGUACUAAACCUGAUCAUACUGUUCUUUAUGUUGUUGGAACUGUACAAAAAUCUGAAAAUGUAACAGAAAAACAAAAUUGGAUAUUGGCGAAAUUUGAUACAUCUGGUCGGCUGCUUGCACGUAGUCGUGUUUAUCCAUAUCAACGGUAUUCUGGUUUAUCAGUGGAUACUAGUGAUGGUCAGUUAUUGCUUGCUUGUCCAUCUAUCAAUGAAUCUGGAUCCCCUGAUAGCAACAACAACAACAACAAUUACAAUGAUUCACCUGGACAAAUAUGCAAACUGACUCCAGGUUUUGAGCGUCGAAUAUUCUCUAUUACAAUGGGUAAAGAAUCUGUAUUCUAUAAACCAAAUUAUGUAACACAAGAAACAGCUGGUCAUUGUUGUUGGGCAUCUGUUCAGCGUUUUUCACAAGGUAAAGAAAAUACAGAGAACAAUCAUCAACCGACAAGACGUCUUCUAGCCUUCCCUGGACGUCAACCUAAUGGUGAAGUGAAACAAAGUGCCAGAGAUUGGUUACACACUUAUUCAUGGGAUUUUGCUGAUCUUAAACCAGGCAGAAUAACUGCAUUCGAUGCUGAUCGUCUAUUGGUAAUUGAUUCUGAAACUGGUACAUUGUCUUAUAUCACUUGGCCAAGUGAUCAAGAAAAGCCAAGUCUAUAUCGGAUUACACGUCCUUCAUCUAAGCCCAUUCGUUUAUUAUAUUCAGUUUAUAAUAGUCAAGUUGGUUUGUCUGAUACGCAAAGGAAGGAAGUGGCUUAUUUUGUCGCUGGUUCAAGUAUAUUUUCAUUUUCAUUUCGUCAUAAUGCCUCCUCAUCAACUGUUUCAACCAAUAAUAUUAAUAAUACAGGUGAUCAUGCUAACACUAAACAAAUUAACUGAUGGGAUUAUUUAUCUCAAUUCUCUCUUCUUCCUUAUACAAUUAUACGUGCAAGUCAUUUCACAUUCAUCAAUAACCUGUAUAGGACUAAUCUACCAAUAUAAUUAUAAUCAUAAUCAUUAUUAUUAUUAUUAUCAUCAUUAUCAGUUGGAGUAACAAUGAACACAAGUAAAGUUCAUAUUGCGUUUUCUUUCUAUCACUGAUAAUUAACAUUGGUAUUGAUUUCUUUUGUCUGUGUGUGUGCUGUUAAACUCUAUGCCAUAUAUUUACUCCUACAUAACUUGAAGUUGAGAAGGAUAUCUUGUUUAUCCUUGAUUAAUUAAUUACUAAGGCCACCUGACUAAUGUAUCCUUCAAAAUGGUGCUUUACUUUUAUUGAUUGUUUGUUUACUACUAUAUACUUCAGUGUACAUUUCAAUCUAUGCAAGUAUUGAUUACUCAUAGUCAAUGUAAUGUUGUUGUUGUUGUCGUUAUUGAUUGAAGACAGACAAUCUUUGUGGAGGCGUAAAUCCACUACUGCUCUAGUGGACUUCUAUUGACAAAUAAAUCUAUCAUGCUGAUGAUAAGACAACUACUGUUGAGUGUGUUGAGAUUAUAAAAAGACGGGAACUGACAGAUUGACUUUAAGGACAAUGAAGAAGGACGCUUUGAUGUUUUUGUCAAUAAUGACGUCAUUAUCAGUCGUUUGCAAAAUAGAUUAUCGUAUCAUCCAUCGUAUAUAUUAUAUUAAUUAAUGUUUUCUUAGCAUUAUUUUGUAUGUUAAUAAAUAUUGUUCAUUAUGGACUAUCCUCCACACAAAUGUAUAUGUUUCAAAAUUAACUGUUAUUAUUAUUUGUUUGAUUUUUUAUUUGUUUACUUUGGUUGCUAAUUACUGUAAAUGUGAAUAUUUGAUAAAGCUUUAACUAUAAAUAUUUAUGUUUACUGUUUUUUUUAUUAUUAAUCUCAUUGAAGAAUUAAAUAAAAAUUCAGAAAAAUAAAC